AUCACCACCAUCAUCACCAUCAUUACCACCAUCAUUACCACCAUCACCACCACCGUCAUCAUCCGUCUCGCGUUGCCGUUGCGCAAUCCAGGAAGAGGCGCGCACGAGGAAGGUAAGGCGCUUCCAAAAACCACGACUACCAUCAGCACCACUACUGCUACUACCACCACCACCACCAACCACUUCUACUACUGCUACCGCAACUACUACUUCCACCACUACUACUAUUACUACCACUCUACGCCUCCUGCUACGCUACCACCAUCACCACCACACCUUCCACCACGAUCAUUAUCAACAACCCAAACCACACUCACGCCACCACCACCGCCAGCGAGGGCAUGGCCGAAGCAUCACCAGCAGAGCCGCGCUGCUGCGCCUUGCGCUGGAAGUCGCUGCCGCCCAUGCCCACCCCGAGGGUUUACUGCGCGCUUGGGCAGCUCCGCUGCGCCGGGGAAAUCUGCGCCCUGGGCGGCUGCGACGGCCGCGGGACGCCGCUCGCCGUGGCGGAGCGGUGGGACCACGGCGCCGCCCGCUGGCUCCCUCUGCCGCCGCUGCCGGCGCCUCGGGCCGGGGCCUCGGUCGUGACCCCGCGGGCGCAGGGAGGACGGCCCCGGCUGCUGAUGGUGCUGGGUGGGGUGGACCCCGGGCAGAGGCCGCUCAAGGAGGUGGUGGUGUUCGCGGAGGACGAGGGUCGAUGGAGGAGCGCGCAGCCCCUGCCGGAGCCCAGCAUGGGGGUGGCCACUGUGGUGACACACGAAGGGAAGGUGUUCGUGAUCGGGGGCAUGGGGCCCAACUCCAGCUGCCACAGCAGCGUACUCGAGUACGUGGAGGCGCAGGAUCGCUGGGUAGCAAUGCCACCGAUGCCCACGCCCCGCUACGCCGCAGGGGCCUUCCUCAUCGACGGCAAAAUCUACGUCAUCGGUGGCCGGCAGGACAAGCGGGCGGUCACGUCGCUGGAAUGCCUUGACCUGGAGACGAGGUCGUGGGCGAGUCUGCCCGAGCUCCCCGCGUCGCACGUCUUCCAGAACCACGGCGCCACAGGGCGGCUCAUCGUCACCGCAGGGGGAGUGGUGCCGCCGCCGCCGGCGGCGCGCGCCCGCCACGCGCACCCCACCUUCACCAGCGCCGUGCACGCGUUCGACGUGCGGCAGAGCGAGUGGGUGGCCCUGACCAGAGAGCAGAGCCUCAAGGAGCAGCGAGCAGAUUUUGUGAUGGGAACUUUGGGAGGGAAGGUGGUGGUGGCUGGCGGUCUCGGUGUCGGAGGUCAUCCGCUGGCCUCAACCGAGGUGCUGGACCCCGACACGAAAUGCUGGGCGCCGGCGGGCAAGAUGCCCACACCGCGCGCCGCCUGCAGCACACUGCAGACGCCUGGCGAGCUGUACGCCAUCGGAGGGGUGUGCGGCGGGCCAAGCGGCGCCGUCGACGUGCUCACGCUCGCCUCCGAGUGACCUCCGAGUGACCUCCGAGUGACCUCCGAGUGACCUCCGUGUGAUCGCCGCGGCUGCCGCCGCCGCCGCCGCUGUUAUGGCUGCACGGCAGACGCUCUUAUUUCAUCGGCGUGUUUACGGCGUGCGGGGUGCACUUUGGAACAACUGUUCGAUGGUCGUCAGGCAGGGGUAAGGUCGACUUUAACACGAGGGCUUUCGCCACCGAUAUCAAGAUUAAUCAUUUGUGACAUUAAGCGUCCUCCACCCGACAACAACUUCAUGAAUUGGCCGUGUCGGGUGGAGGAGGGUUUACAACACAUCGUUUAAUUACGUGGUGAUCUGACCCAAAAAUUUAAUUCUUGAAGGUUGACUUUGCUGUUUAUUGCGAGGGUCUGCUCGGUUCAUCACUCCAUUACUUGUGGGCUUCGGAGAGUCCGUCCGUUCGUGAUAAUUCGAUUUGCGCAGCUUCACCACCGCCGUAAUUACAAGCCAAGCUGAGUUCACAAUUUAAUUAUGAACUCAGAAAAGACAAAAUAAAUCAUUUUUGUGGUAUUCCUCUUUUGUGUUUUCUGUGAAUUAUCACAGAUUGCUUGCAUCCCUGUAUUGUGUGUGUGGGCAUGGUUGUUACAAGCAAACCAUCGCUUAUGCUUCUCACCAAUCAAAGCAAAUAAUAUUGAUUAAAUUAAUUAAUACUGUAUUAUUUGUAUAGUUUUCACAUUCAACUUUGUAUGAAAGGUACGAGUCUAUGAUUAGCCUAUUAUGAUUUUUUUAUUAGGUUAUGGUAUGUAAAAAAGUCAAUUUCUUCAAUUCAAUUGUAUCGCCCUUUUUGAAUAGAAUAAUGAUUGAGUCAUCAUUCCAUGGUUGAGGCGUUUCAUUUCUGUGUGCCUCUCAUUGUUCAUACUUCAAUUGUUUAUGAAUAUCAAUGAGAGCGGUAUAAUAUCGGCAGACGAGAGCAGGAUGGAGUUAUUUUGGAAAACUGAACAUGGUAAUGAAUAGUGAAAUACACGGUUGCCUCAAACAGAGGGAUUUCAGUGAGUCCAUAUGACCUGCUUUAACAUAUGGGUAUAAUGUAAAAACAAUGUCCUGUAAUUUAAUUGGCAACAUAGCUUGAAUAUCUCACAGCUUCGGUCAGAGCACAGCUAUCUUCAUGAUUGUCUGCAAUUAAUUCCGAAUCAAUUUGACAUGAUCCUGCCUUAUCUCUAAUUUGCAGCAGUAAUUGAUGGACUGAAACCAUGGUCAGUUGUCAUAUAUAUAAAAAACAGUUGCUACGAUACAAACGAAACAGGCAUAAGGCACAUUUGGAGUGCAGUGUUAAAAUGUAAGACUUUAUGUAAUUACCUCCAAGUAUGUUAGAGGCAAUGCGCAUGAAAAGCAUAGCAUUAUUUUUGCAUGAUAAAAACACAAUUUGAUCACACAAUCGCCUUUUAAACUGAUUUGACUUUUUCAAAAUCUGCACAUAUCCCAGGACCCACUGUUUACCUUGCUUUGUAUAAUGGCGUUUGUUGAAAAACGAUUGAAAUAAUAUUUUAUUUCAUAAUUUAUUCUGUAGAUUGUUUUUUUUGUAUUUCUGACAAAAAUUCCGUAAAAGAAAGAAGGGAAUGUUUCAGUAAACUUUACUUCACCGAGUCAUAAUUAUCACGCCCUGCAAUGGAGCCCAAAACUUGUACGUCGGUACCAUAUAGAGUGUAUUGAUUCUCCUUUUAUUUUAAAACACUAUAACAGAUGCAGAUAGCAGAAAUAUAUCAAUAAGAUAAUUCAGUCAUAUAACAUGGCAAGGGAUGUGAAUUAGACCAUUACGUUUAGUCUUAAUACAACAGAAUAUCAACCAAAAAAGAAAGUCAAUCUCUACAAUUGUAUUUUAUGAGAUAUCAGUGGUUUUCUAAGAUUGGUGGCACCAAAAAAAGUAAUAUAUUUAUAAUUAAAAAUGUAUAACUGAUGAAAGCGAAAUUGUUUCUAAACAUAUGCAUAGAAUGGAUCGGAAAUGUUCUUAAACUUUUGUGCUCAGGAGAAAUAGGCUGAUGCAUUUUCAUACUUUGACUUCAAAGCAGCCAGAAAAUAUUGUCUGUUUUUUUUACAUACAUCACACGGAUAUACACGCAGGUCCUUUAUACAGUACAGUACUUCAUUAGGGGACCCAAAUGUCACAGAUGCAGCAAAUAUUACAUGUAUUUGAUUCACACACAAACAAGCGCAUUGACAAAGAAAAUGGAACAAACGCUGAAGCGUGCAGAGCAGCAUGGAGAGGUGCAUGCUUGUAAUUAGAGAGAGAGAAAGAGAGAAUAACACAUGGAUCAGAGAGAAACCCCAAAGUUGGAGAUCCUAUUGACACAAGGCAAGUACAUUGGUGGCCUCAGACAAGACCCUUUGCUAGAAUGGACGAUGGCCAGCGGUGGACACUCAAUUCCAGAGUGCAGCCAACAAAAGUGUCGUGCUGAAGGCGAUGUCCACCACUGAGGUGGAGCGAUGAAAUGAGCCGGUGUUUACAGGUGCCAGAUUGAUUGUUGCAUCGCAGGGAUGGCGAUGGCUUGAACGAGCCUUCAUUCCGCAAUACAUCAAAGCUGGUGAUGAUUUUUCAUAAGUAAAAGAUAUGACCACGUG